AUGGCCACCAAUGCCCUAUUGGAGAGGAAGGGAGAGCAAACCGCAUUGCUAGUCACUAAGGGUUUUAAAGAUGUUCUGGUGAUUGGCAAUCAGUCUCGUCCUUUCAUGUUCGAUUUGUCCAUCCGCCGACCCGAAGUUCUGUACUCGACCGUCUUUGAAGUUGACGAGCGGGUGGUUCCCGAGACGUGCGCUGAUUCGGAUUUGCGGCGGCUAGAGUUGUCGAGUCCGACGCCAUUGGAGACGAUUGUGGGCACGUCUGGAGAAAAGGUCCAGCUGCUCAAGGCUCUUGAUGUAACAGCGACGCAGCAAUUUCUGGAAUCUGUAUAUGCACAAGGCUACCGGUCCAUAGCCGUUGUGUUGAUGCACUCGUACCUGUUUCCAAAUCACGAGCUGCAGAUCAAGAAGUUGGCCGAGGAGAUUGGGUUCGAAAAUAUCUCGCUCUCUCACCAAGUAUCUCAACGAUCCAAGAUGGUCCCCCGCGGUAACUCAACGGUGGUCGACGCCUAUCUGACCCCAGAGAUUGUAAGAUAUCUGGAGCAGUUCACGGCCAGCUUCCCAGGCCUAGAGAACAGCGGCACUAGAAUCGAGUUCAUGCAGUCUGACGGUGGCCUCGUGCCAUCCUCGGAGCUGUCUGGCCUACGAUCCAUCCUAUCGGGCCCCGCCGGCGGCGUCGUGGGCUACUCUAGAACCUGCUUUGACGCGAAGCUCCAGCAGCCCGUUAUAGGCUUCGAUAUGGGAGGCACGAGCACCGACGUCAGCCGCUACGACGGCCAAUUCGACCACAUAUACGAGACUAGCACGGCCGGCAUCCCCAUCCACGUGCCGCAACUCAACGUCAACACGAUUGCCGCCGGCGGUGGGAGCAUCCUGGACUGGCGUAACGGGCUGCUGAGCGUGGGGCCUGAGAGUGCUUCGUCACAACCUGGCCCUGCCUGCUACCGCAAGGGCGGCCCGUUGACGGUCACGGACGCUAACCUAGCCCUGGGUCGUCUGGUUCCUGAACACUUCCCUUCUGUGUUUGGCCCUAAUGAGAACGAGCCCUUGGAUCGUGAUCUGGUCCUUGAAAAAUUCCAAGAAUUGACCAUCCUCAUUAACAAAGAUUCGGGCGAGUCCCUCAGCUGGGAGGAGGUGGCGCACGGGUUCCUGGAAGUGGCCAACCAAGCCAUGUGUGGACCCAUCCGCAGCCUCACUGAAGCACGCGGCCACGACGCCGCCAAGCACCGCCUGGCCUCGUUUGGCGGGGCCGGCGGCCAACAUGCUUGCGCCAUAGCAGAGAUCCUGGGCAUCCGCGAGGUGUUCAUUCACAAGUACUCCUCUAUCCUCUCCGCCUACGGCAUUGGCCUGGCCGACGUCGUCCGCGAUGAGCAGCGCACCUGUGCAAAAGAUCUUGACAGCGCCCGCGACGUCAUCUACAGCCAUCUCGAUGGUCUGGCCGAGCUGGCCAGGGAGCACCCGUCCAUGGUGCGCUUCCCUGUUGUCGAGGUGCGCCGGUUCUUCAGCAUGCGCUACGAUGGCAGCGAGACCGUCAUGACCAUACCAGCUGACGAGGCUGUGGAUGCCCGCCAGGCCUUCAUCGAUGCCCACCACCAUCAAUUCGGUUUCACCCCCGUUGGCCGCAGCAUUUAUGUCGAUGUCAUCCGGGUUCGCGCCAUUGGCCGCUACUUGCACGACACUGUCAGCGCCAGCACCACCUUGCCCCACCAAACCCCCGUCGAGAAGGGCUUAAUCAAGUCCAACUCUGUGCAAAAUGUCUACUUUGGUCGCCUCGGAUGGCAACAGACGCCAAGCUACCUCUUUCAGUCCCUGCGCCAGGGCUUCGAGGUCCAGGGCCCGGCCCUCAUUGUGGACAAGACGCAAACCAUCGUCGUCAACCCCAGCUCAACUGCGAUACUGCAUGGCGACAACCUGGUCCUCAAAGUGCUCCCGCCGCCGAAGCCACAGCUGAGUGCCGCUGUCGUUGAUCCAGUGCAGCUUUCCAUUUUCCGCCACCGCUUCUAUGGUGUGGCCGAGCAAAUGGGUCAAGUGCUGCAGAAGGUCAGUGUGAGUGCCAACAUCAAGGAAAGGCUGGAUUUCAGCUGUGCCAUCUUCAACCCAGACGGAUUCCUGGUAGCCACUGCCCCCCAUGUGCCCGCUAUGAUCGGCAGUAUGGCCUACGCCGUGCAGAGCCAGAUUGAGCUGUGGCAGGGUAAGCUCAAGGACGGCGAUGUACUGCUUUCCAACUCACCGCAGUACGGGGGCGUCCACCUCCCGGACUUUACCGUCAUAACCCCGGUGUUUGACGCUGAUGGCAAGGACAUCGUCUUCUGGACUGCCUCGCGUGGUCACCAUGCUGACGUUGGUGGCAUCCUACCCGGCUCCAUGCCUCCCACGUCCAAGUACUUGUGGGAGGAAGGCGCUGUGUUCAAUAGCUUCCUGUUGGUGCGCGACGGGAAGUUCGAAGAUGUUGAGCUCGAACGCAUCUUGUGCGUCGAGCCCGCCAAAUACCCGGGCUCCAGUGGCUCACGGCGUUUCCAGGACAAUGUUACCGAUGUCAAGGCGCAGGUGGCGGCAAACCAGUGCGGUAUUCGCUUGGUACGCAUGCUCGUGCAAGAGUACACUAUGAGCGUGGUGCAGAAUUACAUGCGGGCCAUUCAGGACUCUGCGGAGCUGGCGGUCCGCAAUCUCUUCAAGAGCUUGUCGGCCAAGUUCCAGGACCAACCGAUCGAGGCGGUCGAUUAUAUGGACGACGGUACACCGAUUUGUCUCAAGAUCACCAUUGACGAUGACGGCUCGGCCACUUUAGACUUCACCGGCACUGGUCCACAGGUCUACGGCAACUGGAAUGCGCCCAUGGCCAUCACACACUCGUCGACACUGUAUGCGCUGCGGUGCAUGGUCGAAACUGACAUCCCACUCAACCAUGGCUGCAUUAAGCCCAUCAAGCUUCUGAUUCCCGAUAACUCGUUGCUAAAGCCCAGUUUCGAAGCAGCCGUGUGCGCCGGCAAUGUGCUGACCAGCCAGCGUAUCGUGGACGUCAUCUUCAAGGCCCUUCGGGUCUGCGCUGCCAGUCAGGGUUGCAUGAACAACUUCACCUUUGGCAUCGAUGGCGAAGGGGGCUUCGGCUACUACGAGACCAUUGCUGGCGGCAGCGGUGCCGGUCCCUCGUGGCACGGUACGAGCGGCGUGCACACCCACAUGACCAACACACGUAUAACAGAUCCUGAGUCGCUUGAGCGUAGAUAUCCCGUCGUGCUCCGCGAGUUUGGGCUGCGAGCUGAUAGCGGUGGUGCUGGCCAGUUCCGCGGCGGCGACGGCGUCAUCCGCGAUGUCGAAUUUCGCAUGGCCAUGUCGGCGUCGAUGCUUUCGGAGCGCCGCAGCAUAGGUCCGUAUGGCAUGAAUAACGGACAGGAAGGCCGGCGCGGCGUCAAUACCUGGGUCAAGGCAAGCGGCGCGCGCAUCUCCAUUGGUGGUAAGAACUCGGUUCAGGUGCAGCCGGGCGAUCGCUUGGUUAUCGAAUCACCAGGCGGCGGCGGCUAUGGCCAAAACCCGACUCUCUCACUCUGA